CAUGAAACUUUUUCAAGUAACUAUACCUAUUUUAAAACUUCUUCUUCAUCUACAGAACAAGAAAAUCAGGUUUAUAUUAAUUUAGUACCAAAAAUUAAUGAGGAUUUAUUGGACAAUCGUAUACCUCUUUUUAUUGAGAACCUUUAUCAAAUAGGUGAUUCUACAAGAGAACUCUGUAAGCAUUAUUAUCAGCUAGGUGAAAGAUUAGCAAUGCAUAAUUGGGAUGAAGAAGUUAAAGGGGAAAUGAAGGACUGA